AGACUUUCGGCUGCCAAUUAGUCAAGUAAACUAGUAACAACAUUAUUCAUUUCGGUUUCUAAAUUAUCCGUGGUUUGGUCAGUUCGCAGCGAAAUGUUUUAAAACUCAACAUAUAUAAAACCUUAAAAUACCAACCCAGUUACAACAUUAAAACUAUAACUCUACUUCUCCAGUAACGUGAGUCACGUGCCUUAGAAUAGAGUUAAAACCGAGCAGCCAUCGACAUUGUGUAGUGGCAAUCAUUAGUGACGAAACGGUUUGAAGGCGCAAGGUAAUAGAAGUUGGUAACAAAAACGGUAUUGCGUUAUAGGAGUUAAUAAACUGUGAGUCGAAACUUCAGUGUUUUGAAAGUUUUUUUAGAGUCCUAUAGUUGAUCACCUAUUGGAAAUAUGACGGAAACACCGGUACUUGAACCUUGCAUACCAUUGCCAAUUGCGGAACGUACAUUGAUUGAUGUGACGGAAAAGGCGAAAGAUUGGGCUAUAAUGCAUGGUGCUGCUAUGCGCUCCAAAACCAACUUCAGCUCGGAUGCACUAAAUUUCGCACCAUUUAUAUUGAUGCCGUCGUCAUUCCCGCGCAAAGAGUUCGAAAAGGCUAGGAAUUUGCAAACCAUAAUCAAUCAAUUGAUGCAUAAUGUGGCGCAUGAUGAGGAAUUUCUAACUACAACACUGGCCGAAACCGUAAAAGUCGAUGAGUUUACUGCUAAUUUAUUUAAUGUCUACAAAAAAGUACUCGCUAAUGGUUUUGGACAGCCAAUUUCGUUGGGCCUAUUGCGCAGUGAUUUGAUGUUGGAGACGAAUUGUGCAGAAUUGCUAGAAAAAGAGAAACAAGCCCCGUGUGCCUACUGUUGCUGGAAACAAGUUGAAAUUAACACUAUAGCUUCUGGUUUUGGCCAUUUAGGACCAGUAAGCAAAAAUAUACAAAGCUUUGUGAUGAGCGAGUUGGGGCAUGCGGAUAAAAUUAAGAAUAUGCCCGAAAAUACUGCUUUGUCCGGCCUUUGUGGUGGCAUGAUCAAAGCUUGGGAAGUAUAUGCUCAGCCCAAAGCGGUUAUUCUUUUUGUCAUCGAAGAUGUUUCCUACAAUAUUUGCGAUCAGCGUUUCCAUGAGUUUUAUAUACGCGAACAGCGCCCAGAUAUUAAAGUAUUACGUCGUACUCUAACGGAGGUGCAUAAAGAGGGCAAAUUGGGACCAAAUAAAGAGCUUUUACUCGGUGAAUACGAAGUGGCUGUCAUUUAUUUCCGCGCCGGCUAUGAACCUCAGCACUACCACUCACAAGAUGAAUGGGAUGCACGCUAUAUGAUGGAGUGUUCGCGUGCGAUAAAAUGUCCAUCCAUACACUACCAUUUGGCCGGUACCAAGAAGGUGCAGCAAGCGCUUGCUCAACCAGAAAUGCUGGAGCGAUUUAUAAGCGACCCAGAAAAAAUAAAAGCUGUGGGUCAAAUCUUCACCGGGCUCUACUCGUUGGACGACUCUGAAGCAGGCAAUGCCUCAUACGAAAUGGCAUUGAAAGAACCGGAACGUUUUGUACUGAAGCCACAGCGCGAAGGCGGUGGUAAUAAUGUUUAUGGCGCUGACAUUCCAGAUGCACUGCGGAAAAUGAGUCGCGUUGAACGCGCCGCCUGGAUUCUUAUGGAUCUAAUUCAGCCACCAAUAUCCAAGGGUUACAUGAUACGUCCGGGUGGCAAAUCGCCACCAGAAGUGGUGGAUCUCGUGUCAGAGCUGGGCAUUUUUGGCGUAAUACUGGGUGAUGUAGAUAAUGUGAUUUGCAAUUAUCAAGCGGGUCAUAUGCUGCGCACGAAACUCUCGACUGCGAACGAGGGCGGUGUUGCAGCGGGACUUGGCGCCUUGGACAGUCCUUAUUUACUGGAUUAGUAUUUUAUUAAUGAUUUGGCUUUAAAAAAAUUCAUAGUUUUCUUCACAUUUAAUUUUGUUAUAUUUUAAAAUUUUUUAUUUAUAUUUUCAAAAUUUUCGAAUCUUAAACAUAAUGUAAAUCUGAAUCUACUAUUUUGCAGUUUUUGGCGUUUAUCCAUUUUGAUAAAAUUUUACCAUAUUUUUUAAAUUUUUACACCAUAUCAUGUCUACCUAUCAUAUUUGUACAUAAUGCUAAUAAAU